CUUUUUAAAGACAUGGUCAUUUUUAUCUCACUUUAGAUGUCCAUACUGUGGAUCACCUGACUCAGGACAGCCCUGCAAAUCAGGGCAGACAUGUGUGGCAAGUUCUUACCACCAGCAGCAAAAUUCCAUCCAACGAGAGAACUGACUUAAUGGGAAAAAGCAAUUUGCACUCAAGUCAUUGUUUGAACCAUAGUAUCAAAAAUGAAAACAAUUCAGCAAUGAUGCCUGAGAACUUUACUCUACAUAGGACCAUGAUGAUCUCUGGUGAGCCUCAUGAAGGGCAUGCUGGAGAGAACGAGGAGGGUUUAGUAGAAUGAGGGAACCCAUCAAGUAUCCUAAGCACCUUAGUCACCAGGUGAUUCAGAACUUUCAACAGCCUUUUGAAUUUCGUGAACAAGGAAAAGUCGUGAGUGAAGAAACAGUAUUUACAUUUAGAGGAGCCCUUCUGGAAGGGAUUGUCCAUAUAUGCAAUGAGUGCAGGGACACCCGUGAUGAGGUACCUUUCGUUGUCCGAGACAGAACCCAAGGAGGACAGACUCGCUGCAGUUGUAAUGAAAAGGGGAGAGCUGCGGAGAUGACUCCAGUGCAUUUGAAUCCUCCUAGGUAUGUUGAACAUGAGCAGCAGAAAUGUUGUGAAAGUGGGGCCAGUCUCAGAAACGCAUUUCACGCCUAUCCGUGUGAGAGUACCCAGUUAGGAAAGAAUAAUUUGGGAUAUAAGAGAUAUGGUGAAGUGGCCUCUAAAACCUCUGUUCUGACUGAACAUCAGAAAACACAAGCAGACGAUCAACCUGAUGAGUGUGGGGGCACCGCUGAGAUUUCCUUACAGAGGGGAUACCAGAGAAAUCUCACUGCAGUGAAGUUGUUUGGCUCUAAUGAUUACGUGAAAACUUACUCACGGAAGACUGCCCUCACUUUACAUCCACAGUCUCAAACGGGAGUGAAGUGCUACCCGUGUCAGGUGUGUAAGAAAACUUUCAGGCGGAAACCUGCUUUUAGUGUCCAUCAGAGAACUCAUACAAAGGAGAAAUCCUAUGAAUGUCAGGUGUGCAGGAAAGUGUUCUCCCGUAAGUCACUUCUUGUUCUACAUGAGAGGACUCACACUGGAGAGAAAUGCUAUGAAUGUGAAGGGUAUGGGAAAGCUUUUUCCAGUAAGUGUUACCUCAGUAAGCAUCAGAGAAUUCACACUGGAGAGAAGCCUUAUGAAUAUCAAGAGUGUAGUAAGACUUUUCAGUGGAAAUCAUCCCUCAGUAAACAUCAGAGAAGUCACACUGGAGAGAAACCCUAUUAUUGUGAUGAGUGUGGGAAAGCUUUUUCUAGUAAGUCAUCCCUCAGUCUCCAUCAGAGAAGUCACACUGGAGAGAAGUCUUAUGAAUGUUAAAAGUGUAGGAAGACUUUCCUCUGGAAAUCAUCCCUCAGUCACCAUCAGAGAAUUCACACUGGAGAGAAACCCUAUGAAUGUGAAGGGUGUGGGAAAGCUUUUUCCAGUAAGUGUUACCUCAGUGAGCAUCAGAGAAUUCACACUGGAGAGAAGCCUUACGAAUGUCAAGCGUGUAGGAAGACUUUCCUCUGGAAAUCAUCCCUCAGUAAACAUCAGAGAAUUCACACUGGAGAGAAACCCUGUGAUUGUGAAGGGUGUGGGAAAGCUUUUUCCUGUAAGUCAAACCUCAUUAGACAUCAGAGAAGUCACACUGGAGAGAAACCCUUUGAUUGUGAAGGGUGUGGGAAGGCUUUUUCUAGUAAGCCACACCUCAUUACACAUCAGAGAAUUCAUAGUGGAGAGAAAUCCUAUGAGUGUCAAGAAUGUGGGAAGACUUUCCGCCAGAAAUCAUCCCUGAGUAAACAUCAGAGAAGUCACAGUGGAGAGAAGCCUUAUGAGUGUCAAGAGUGUGGGAAAACUUUUUCCAGUAAGCAAGCUCUCACUGGAUAUCAGAGAUGUCACUGGACAAAAUCCCUAUGAUUGUGAAGAAUGUGGGAAAACUUUUCAGGAAGUCAGCCCUCACUAGGCAUGACAAACUCCACACUGGAGUGAAAUGCUAUGAAUGUCAAGAGUGUGCAGGCAGGCCUCCCCUGGUGGUGCAGGUGGUUGAGCGCAGUGCUGUGAAGCUGUCCGUGGCCUUUGUGGUGGGAGUUUGAUUCCCUGGCCAGCCAGGAGCAACCCCAUGGUGCGGCAGACCUCUCCUGUCUCCCCCGCUGCGUGUAUUUCAGCAGUGUAUUUCGGUCAGUCUGCCUGUUCUGUUCCCCGCUCUGUCUCUGGUGCAUCCUCUCACCCUCCCACACAUCUGGCCUAUACCCUGGUUCUUGUAUGCUUGAAUAAAUAAAAAUCUUUUAAAAAAUAUUCAAACUUAGGAGUUCAAACCACAUCAUGCAGCUGAGAACAAUGGGAACUGACAUACAGUUUCAAUCUUAAUUGCGUGGAGUUACCUGGUUCACUCUGUUCUCCCAAGUUCAUACAGUGAUGAUGUCGCUGUUCCUGUUGCUGUUGCUUCUAGUAUCCUCUUAAGUUCCUGGGCGAUGCUAUGCCUGUCCACAGCAGCUGUCUGUCUACAUGGCACACUGCAUGUUGCGUGGGUAAGUGAUCUCUCUGGGUUUUCUAACUUAAUCGUCGCAUUCUGUCCAGUACUUUAAGUCUCUGUGGUGCCCCCCAAUGCUGGAAUUGCUCACCACCAAAAUGUCCUCCUCUAGAAGGAAACGUUGAACUGUGUGCUAUCGGCUAUAGGUUGAGGUCUGCAGAUGUCUUUACCUACCUUUCAUGAUGAAGGUUUUUCAGGGCCCCCCUGGUGGCCUCGGGGUUAAGUCUCAGCGCUAUUGCCUGCUCUGGCCAGGGUUUCAGCCCUAGCUAUGGAGCUGCCCCACAUAUGGCCACAGCAGGCCUCUCCUGUGUCACCUGCUGCUCCCGUUAGCCAGGUAUUUCAUUGGUUCUGCCUGUUUGUCAUCACACUCAGUAUCUGGUGAAUCCUCUCACCCCCAAGCCUCUGGUCUACACCCCAGUUCUACAGAAUAAGGGAAUUUUGUUGGAAGAUUAAUUCUGCAUACAAGAUCUGGGGUGCAAGCCGGAGGUAUGUGGGGGUGAGAGGAUUCUCCACAGAGAGAGUGGGGUGCACAACAGGUGGAUCUACUGAAAUCCACUGCUGAGGGGGCAGUGGAGACACAGGAGAGGUCUACUGUGCCUGUGGGUCACCUCCCUGGCCAGGGAUCAAACUCGUGUCUGCAGUACUGAGCUUCAUAGUGCUGAGACUUCACCCCUGCACCAACAGAGGCCCCUGAAAUUUUUUUAAAGGAAAGGAUUCUUGCCUGUUAAAAAUUUUUUAUUAAAUUAUUGUUCAUAUUUGUGCAAUAUUGGAUUGCUCCCCUUCUGUAUAAUUCUUGCAAAUGUCCUGUCCGCACCGCCCCUGUGACCCAUCACCCCAGGCCCUGGUGCUCCUCCUCCCCUCCUGGCCCCUCUUCUGCCCCAUCUCCUGCUGGCGUCUCAGCUCUGUCAUCUGCCUGCUAGUUUUGUCUUUUUCCCCUGACCCUUUCUUCGUCCCCCUGUAUUCCUCCUGGAGGUGAUGAUGUAAUCCAGGUCUUUUUCCUUCACUCUUUGUUCAGAAUAUAAUCCCUUCUGCCAUUGCUGGCCGUGCCCUGAAUGUGGUCUUUGUCUGAGUCAGUUCAUACCUUGGGGUGAGUGGUCGGUGUGGAAGGUGGUGGCCGAGGAAGUCCUUGAUGUAACUCUCGCUACCACUCCCCCCUCAGGGGCCCCGGGCACCUUCUGGUGUGUUUCUUUGGCUCUGUGGUGAUGUAGCCAGGCUAGAAAACAAAGAAUAGUUUGACUUUUAACCCUUUGCACUCCGAACCAUUCUGGACAUUGGCUACCAGCUACUCGACGCUACUUUGCUGCGGAAACGUGCAUUUACAGGCCCUCGUAUUAUUUAGUAUAAUUUUGGAACCAAGUAACGUAUUAUAAUGAUAUUGGACAUAUAUGAAUUGGGUGACAUCGAGGAAUGUAUAUUUGCAAAAAAAACCACAAUAUUUUAUUU